GUCCCAAACUCUUUCGUGCUACUACUCGUCUGUUGUGUUGGUCCCGUAUGGUUGGCCCUGACUCUUGACAGGCGAGCGCCAUACUGCGGCAUAACAUAGCAGCGGUUCACCUCGUUUACGCAGUAGACUGGGAAGAGCAAACUGUGGACACAUUUUGGAUAUAAAUGGAGGAUGUUGUAGCGUGUGGGGGUGUUUGGAAAACAUAGCUAGAUUGUUAAAAUGGCGAAGGAACAAGAAGUCGAGCGCAUUGCUAAAAAGCUUGAUAAGAUGGUGAAUAAGAAAAAUACAGACGGGGCUAUUGAUUUGCUGAAGGAGCUGAAAAACAUGAAAAUGUCAUUGGAAACGCUGCAGUCCACCAGGAUCGGCAUGUCGGUGAACGCGGUGAGGAAGCAGAGCGCUGAGGAGGAAGUGCAGAGUUUGGCCAAGUCCCUCAUAAAGUCAUGGAAGAAACUGCUGGAUGGUUCUGACAGCAAGAUGGAGAAGAAAAAAGACCCUUGUCCUUUAACGUCCUCCUCCAGAGACAGCCCAGGGUCUAGUGAUGGGAGUUCAAGCAAAAAACAAGAAACCCCAAAGACUCCCACUACCCCUACCACUCCAACCACGCCCACCACCCCGAAGUUCACCACCUUUCCGCCUCCUCCUGUCACCACUGACAAUGUCCGCACCAAGUGCCGGGAGCUGCUGGUGGCGGCCCUGCAGACGGAUGACGAUUUCAAGACGAUUGGAGCAGAUUGUGAGGCCAUGGCAGCACAGAUUGAAGAUUGCAUCUUCCAGGAGUUCAAGUCCACAGACAUGAAGUACAAGAGCCGGCUGAGGAGCCGCAUCUCAAACCUGAAGGACCAGAAGAACCCGGACCUGCGCCGGAACGUUCUCUGCGGAAACAUCUCUCCUGAGCGCAUCGCUGCCAUGAGCGCAGAGGAAAUGGCGAGUGCUGAGCUAAAGGAGAUGAGGAAGGCCCUGACCAAGGAGUCUAUCCGUGAGCACCAGCUCUCCAAAGUGGGCGGUACAGAGACUGACAUGUUCAUCUGUGGGAAGUGCAAAGGGAAGAACUGCACCUACACCCAGGUGCAAACCCGCAGUGCUGAUGAGCCCAUGACUACUUUUGUACUGUGUAACGAGUGUGGGAACAGGUGGAAGUUCUGUUAAGGUAUGGAAGAUUCCAGAUUCAUCCUCAGAAGCUCUUACAUGGAUAACACCGAAAAUUAGUUGGUUACCAUUGCAGAUUUCUUUCUUUUUUUGUACAUAAUCAUAAAUAAUAUAUUUAGAAAGCGUAUUAAACAUUGCGUAUAUAAAAAAAAGUUAAGAUUGUUAAUUUUAUUUUUAGUUUUUCCUACUAAGAACAUGAAAUCUUGUAAAUAUUUUGUUGAUAUGAUUACUGUAACUUUUGAUCUGAUCAUGUAAGGUCUUGUUUUGGCUUUUCAGGGGUGGGGAGGGGGGGGUGGGAUUUUUCCAGAACGAUGGUUAUUGUCCACUCAACAGCAGGUGCUGUUCCGUGGGGUGUGCUGUGGAACUGUGAAGCACUGCAGUCUUAACUUGCAUACAUGGCCUAUGCAUUUCUGUUGUGACCAAACGAGCAUGAUAAAGUUCAUGCCAGGGAAGAGCAUUGUGUUAGAAGCGCUAUGAGAAGUUCACUUUCACUUCACCCUCUCUCUGAAUUAUACAGCAUGGGGGAAGACUAGGGGCCAGAACGGAGGAUUUUUUUUUUUUUACUGAUUUAUUAUUUUUUUUGUAUUUCAUUUUUACUUUUCUUUGAGGGAGUUGUGAAUUUCAUUAAAAUUAUGAUAUAAGCUUGUAACUUCA